AUGACCCGUGCGAUUUGGUCAUUGAGGAAGCAAAUCGACAUGGCAGCUAGAGAACACACAUGUAAAGAGGCCAAUGCUUUUGUUAUUCUCUCCAGAGAUGCUGAUACACAGAUGGAUGCUUUAGAGUUUGGUAUGGGUCCGAAUGCAACAACAGGUUGGCUUUCUGGUAUCCAGGGACCUGCCCAGGAGAAGGAGAAAUGGGAGAGAGAAAGGAAAGAACUACGUGAUCUUGUUGGGAAGAACCUUCAUAUAAUGAGUCAGUUGGAAGGUGUUGACCUUGGAAAAUACAGAGACACUGAUCUUUCUAGGAUAGUAGAGCAGGUUGUCAAUUUUAAGGAUGAACUUGCACAGUGCUACUUAAUGGAUUGCAUUAUUCAAGUCUUCCCUAAUGAUUUUCACCUUCAAACACUCGGUGUAUUAUUAGGUGCUUGUCCACAACUUCAACCGUCUGUUAAUAUCAAGAUGGUCCUUUCGGGUCUAAUGGAAAGACUUUGGAACUAUGCUGCAUCUAGUGUGGAAAGGUUGGAGAAGCACAAAUGGACUUGCCAGCCUCAGGAUCUGCAACAUAGUAUUUGUUUCUUCUGAAAUUCACUCUCCAUGUCCAUUCCAAUCGUCUAGACUAUGUGGACCAUGUUUUGGUAUAAAGCCUUCCAAGCAUGUACAAAAGAAAGUUUUAUGAUGACAAGGCAUUAUAAUAGAUCGUUGACGGGACAACUGAUGAUGCUCAGGUUGAUGAAGAAGAAAUCCAGGAAGAGCAGAACUCUGUAGCACGGCUGGUUCAUAUGCUCUACAGUGAUGAUCCAUAAGAAAUGUCUAAGACAAUUAUCAGAGUAAAGAAGCACAUCCUGACUGGAGGACCUAAGCGUCUACCUCUUAUGAUUCCACCCUUUGUCUUUUCCACUCUCAAGGUUUGUAUUUCUUCUGUGAUAACUAGUUUACUCUGUUCUUCAACUUGGGAAAUUUGUGUCUUCGUUUGAGGAUUUUUCGUUGAAAUAGAAAUACUAAAUUGUUUUCCGUUGUGUUUUCUGCCGUAUCCAUGGUCUUGCUAUAUAAAUUUUACAAACUUUGAGGAUUUUUUUGUGGUGGUUUGAGAAUUUUAGCAGUUGACUAAUUUUAAACAUUGCAAAAAUUUAUAAUAAAAUCCAAGUUUUCAAAACCUUUUGCACCAAGUAGAUGCUCUCAAACUUAAACGGUUUAACUGUUUAAGUUAAACCUGAUGUACAAGUUUACUCUACAUCAAAUCCCACACAUAUACUCAUAUCAUUGUAGUAUGUGAAUGUCAAUCCAUAAUGGGCAAAGUAAGACACUAGGAAUUUAAUAGAUCAUCUAAUUCAAGCAAUCAUAUUCAAGGGAUUCUAACAACUAAAGAGAUUCUAAAUAAGCAAGAGCAAGAGAUAAGAACAGGGAGGCUAAGACAGGUUCAAAUUCAAACAAUCAAAGACUAUUAGGCUUCAAAUGAGGUUAUUGACCAAGGGAGAUUCUUGGCUUAACUAGUGAUGCUUACAAACCCACAACAAGCUAUUCCUGGGCAUAGAAUUAACAACUAUAACUAACUCAAUUCUUUGACAUUAAUCUCUUUGCUAAGCA